GGCGACCCCUUCUGUUUAGUUUCCUUCCCUCGGAUGAGGUUUUCUGCCUGCCUAGUUGACAUCUCACACCCCGCAGCUGCAUAGUUUCAUCCCAGAUGCACGUCCCAGCAAUGAAGUUAUGUACGUGGGGCGUGCUUUAAUUUCGUUAUGCCUAGUGAUUUCAAGAGCCAGGCUUUAAAAUGGCGGCAUUCAUUAUACACCCAUGCUAAAGCCUCACCCAGCACUCUGUCUGUCUCGCUUAGUGCUGCUUCUGCUUUUUUCCAUAUGGCAUUCCGCAGCUGAGGAUCGGGUCUUCUGGGGUUGCUCAAUCAGCAUAGAAGCAUAAGGUUGCUGAAACGUGCCUUUUUUUCCGAAGCUAACGCUGCUUGGAUCUUUUUCUAGUGCUGCCUCUCUAUGUUUUUUUCUUUUUUUUUUCUCUUUCUUUUUUUUCAUUUGCCGUUGCUUGCAGGCCAAACCAAACGGCAACUGACCUUCAUUAUUACAAUUUCAGCACUCAAUCUUUGAACACGGAAAUCAUCAAAUUUUCAUUAGCAGUCACGGCUGUGCCCAACUGUAACAUUAUUUUAUUCAACGUAACAAUAAAUAAAACGCCACCGAUUUGUCUGUCUGAGGAACUGAAAUUCUGCCAAUUUCUGCCGAGUUUUACACAACCAUAAUUGAAACCAUUAAGCUAAGAGCACAGAAUUGUUGAAAAAGUCGGCUCAGUCUAACUCGAUCUGAUUUCAGAAGUGACAAAUAAAGCCAACACAUUCAAACUUUGACAUUUUGCACUUUUCAAGAGCUGGUCUCUAAUUAGAUUUAUUUUUAUUUUCAAUUUAUCUGAUAAAACGUCUAUUUUAUGGUUGGAUGUUUAUGUUUCAUUCAUGUCUCGACAACAGAUACAAAUUGACUAAAAAAAUAAAAAAUAUAAAAAAAAAAUAAAAAAAAAAAACCUUAAGUGCUGACAUUUUUUUUAACCAAAGCGAAAAAAAAUAGUUUUUAUUCAUUUAAACUUGAACUCCACCUUUCCCCAUCCCCUUCUUUUAAGAAGGAAAAAAAAAGAUUGUAGUCACCGAUAGAAGGUGUUCUCCUUGGCCUCGGCGGUUCUGUCUUUAAUAUGGCUGUUAACGUCUCCUUGGUGCGUGACACAAAAUGGCUGACGCUGGAAGUCUGUCGGGAGUUUCAGAGAGGCACUUGUUCAAGGUCUGAUGCAGAGUGCAAGUUUGCUCACCCGUCACGAAGUUGCCAUGUGGAAAAUGGACGAGUUAUCGCUUGCUUUGACUCUCUAAAGGGCCGGUGUACAAGAGAAAACUGUAAAUAUCUGCACCCUCCGCCGCACUUAAAAACACAGCUAGAAAUCAAUGGACGAAAUAACCUUAUACAGCAAAAGACAGCUGCUGCCAUGAUUGCGCAGCAGAUGCAGUUCAUGCUCCCCGGCGCCCAGCUACAGCCAAUUACCACAUUCCCUGUGACUCAAACACUUGCAACAAGCCCAUCCAUGGCUUUUAGCCCAUACCUGAGUCAUAUGUCUCCAGGAAUGGGUCUGGUUCCCGCCGAGCUCUUACCAAAUACGCCUGUCCUGGUUUCGGGGAAUCCAGCUGUUACAGUUGCAGGUGGCUCUGCUGGUCAGAAACUGAUGCGCACAGACAAACUUGAGGUUUGCAGAGAAUUUCAGCGGGGGAACUGCACCCGAGGUGAAAAUGACUGCCGCUAUGCGCACCCAAUAGAUAUUGCCAUGAUCGACACCAACGAGAACACUGUAACAGUUUGCAUGGAUUACAUCAAAGGCAGAUGCUCUAGGGAGAAAUGCAAGUACUUUCACCCCCCUGCACACCUGCAAGCCAAAAUAAAGGCAGCUCAGCACCAGGUGAACCAAACAGCCGCAGCUGCCAUGGCACUGCAGCCUGGAGCACUUCAACCUUUACCAAAGAGGCCAGCACUUGAAAAAAGCAAUGGGGCCACCACGCUGUUUAACCCUAGUGUUUUCCACUACCAACAGGCUCUAGCAAAUAUGCAGUUACAGCAACCUGCAUUUAUCCCCACAGUAGACCAUGUUAAAAUUCUGAACAGCAGAAUUGUGGGGUACCAGAAUCUCUCCGUGGGAAGUUACACAUGGCCUUUCUGUAAAUACCCAUUACUGGCAUCCUCCACCGCCUCGACCGUAAGCCUGCUGCAGUCUACAUGUUAACCAAAAAGAAAAAAAAUUACAUGGGAAUGUCUGAAAACCGCACUAUGGAAAACAAAAAAAUACGAAACCAUAAAAAAAAGGCAACACUGCUCUAUGAAAGCAGAUACACACGUAGGAUAAUAUACUAGACUAUUGUAACACAUUUACUUUUAACACAUGUAACCAUUCAACAUGUGCCGCAUUAGAUGAGUAUACGAUGCGGACACUCCUUUUACUGCAUAUUAUUGAUGGAAUCACAAUUUAAAGUGUUAUCUUAACUGUUCUUUUUUUUGUUUACAUCGUAGUCUAUUUCAUUUUUAUGUGUGUACCAUUAUUCUAAGUAUACUGAAGACCCUCCUCUUCAUUGUGAUUUAUAACCUGCAUUGUUGUUUUGUUAUGUUUUUAGUAUUAUGCCAAACAGAGACAAAGUGGUUCUGAAGCAGGCUCAUCAGAUUUUAUUGAAAUGAGUUGUAUGAUAGAUUUAUGUCUUUAAAUCCAUUUUUUUUUGUUUGUUUCCUCUUAUACUAUGGCCUUCAUAUAAUAUUGUGAAGAGGAAUGUACAAAGUACAGUAACCACAGCAACCAGAAAACACCUCUUUUGACUUCUGUAAGCUGAAUG